UCCAGCAGCGGAAAAUAGCCCAGCUGAUGAGCCAUCCGCAGAGAGAGGCACACAACGGAUACUGACUGAGAGAGAAGGUAGUGAAAGACUGAGAGUGACCGAAUAACUUUGAGUUCAACAAAGAUCCUGCCAAAUUAUUACCACAUACUGUGUCCACACUGGCUUGGAUACUUCAGAGUUCAGAUUGAGAGCUACAGGCAGAGACGGAAGAGGAAGCGAGACACCCCACUCUGUUUUGUUUCUGGUCCACUGAAAUUCAAUGAUCUAAGGAGACCAGACCCAGCUGCUAUUUCAUUCACACCCAGUUAAGUAGACCGGAACUGACCUUUAAAAAAAAAUGGACUAAGCAAAGACAGUACAGUAUGAAACUCUGUGGUGGUUUAGUUCACUCAGGCCACAGAGUUUCUAUCUUCAUUUGUCUACCAUCUUUGCUACAGGGAGCCGGAGAGGGAGGAACUGACCGAGCCAGCGAGAGAGUUAAAGAGAGACGGGACAGCAGGGGAGGACAGCAACAGGGUAACGGCAACAGAUUAGGGUGCCAAAUAAGGCAGAGCGAGUAUCCAGACACCAAGGAGGGGAAAUGCACCAUGAGGCUCUGCUAGGCUCAGGCUGAGAGCAGUGUCGGGCGUGUGGCUGGAGAUUCCAUGUGGUCAGUGGGAUAGACUGUUGACUGGCAGGGUUACCUCACCGCAGAGUGCCGUGGUUGGGUGUGAAAGGGGCAGGGCUCUGGGGACAACAUGGCACGCUAUUUGCUCUGCUGGGGGGGCGGGGCUUUGGAAGAUGGGUACCUGUAUGCCCCCUACCCAGCCAUCUACCGGGAGAAGCCAGGCCACCGGGCUCCAGACCCGUUCCCACAGCAGGACGUGGGCGAGCACUUGGUCCUGGGCAGCACAGAGUCCCUGGCCAACGGAAACAAGGCUGACCUGCAGGCUGCCAAGCGCCUGGCCAAACGCCUGUUCAACCUGGAUGGCUUCAGGAAGUCUGACGUGGCCAGGCACCUGAGCAAGAAUAAUGAGUUUAGUCGGAUGGUGGCAGAGGAAUAUCUCAGUUACUUCAACUUCUCAGGCCUUACUAUUGACCAGGCAAUACGAGCCUUCCUGAGGGAGUUUGCCCUCAUGGGAGAGACACAAGAGAGGGAGCGAGUGCUGGCCCACUUCUCUGGGAGAUAUCUACAAUGCAACCCCAAUGCAAUACCUUCUGAAGACAGUGUCCACACUCUGACCUGUGCCCUGAUGCUGCUCAAUACAGACCUGCAUGGCCACAAUAUUGGCAAAAAGAUGUCCAUUCUGCAGUUCAUCAGCAACUUGGAAGGACUAAAUGAUGGAAAAGAUUUUCCUAGAGAACUGCUCAAGGCCUUGUACAACUCCAUCAGAAACGAGAAGCUCCAGUGGACCAUCGAUGAGGAGGAGUUGCGCAAGUCCUUUUCAGAGUUGGCCGAUUUGCGCACUGACUCCGCCUCUCACACCAUGAAGCGAAUUGGCAGUGGUCUAGGCGUGGCCCAAAAUCCUGACGCCCUGAUCUAUAAGAAUGGCUUCCUGGUGCGGAAGGUCCAUGCAGACUCUGACGGCAAGAAAACCCCUCGAGGUAAGAGAGGAUGGAAGACGUUUUAUGUCAUGCUGAAGGGAUUGGUCCUUUACCUGCAGAAGGGAGAGUACCGUCCAGAGAAGCAGCUGUCUGAAGAGGAUCUGAAGAACGCUGUGUCCAUCCACCACUCUCUGGCCAUGAGGGCAGCAGACUACAGCAAGAGGCCCAACGUGUUCUACCUGCGCACUGCAGACUGGAGAGUGUUCCUCUUCCAAGCACCUAAUUCAGAGCAGAUGCAGUCGUGGAUCACCCGUAUCAACGUGGUUUCAGCCAUGUUCUCAGCGCCACCCUUCCCUGCUGCCAUCGGCUCCCAGAAGAAAUUCAGCCGCCCGCUGCUGCCGGGCUCCAACAGCAAACUGUCUCAGGAGGAACAAGUGAAAUCCCAUGAGACACGUUUCCGGGCCAUCUCCUCUGAGCUGAUCGAGCUAACUGCUGUGAUUCCAGACAAAAAGGCCAAAGUUCGUGAUCUGGAGGAGCACAAGCAACGUGAGGAGUACCUGGAGUUUGAGAAAACUCGCUAUGGGACGUACGCAAUGCUACUGAGGUCUAAGAUCCGGAGUGGGGAAGAGGACCUGUCUCUGUUCGAGUCGCGCCUCUUUGACGAUGGGGGUCUCCAGAGGGCCCACUCCAGCCCCACUCUGCGGGAGGAGCACAGCAGCAGCAGCCAGGCCAGCAGUACCAGGGGGGGGGGAAGCAGCAGCAGCCAGGCCAGCAGUGCCAAGGGGGGGGCCAGCAGCAGUAGUUCCAGCACCAGGGGGAGCAGCAAGACCAAGCGCUCCGAGCCCCAGAGACACAGCUACAGACAGGCUGUCAAACAGUGAGACGGACACGAGGCUGUUGGGGUGGACAGGGUGGUUUAAACGAUUGGACUAUCCGUGUUGAUCGAUACACAGGGACCACUGGUGUGCCCGGUCUCCAUGACUGGAAAAUGGUGUGGAGGAGAAAGAUAAUGGGGGGAUAGACCUGUUGCAUGCUUCUAUCUCGAGAAACCACAGACACUGGAUGCACCAGGGCUAAUUAUACAGUACAGUGGAUACUCGGGUCCCCCAUUUUACUAUACAAAUUACUAACUUCUGUGUGGUCCUUCAUUACUGGUACUAUCCACAUUCAUUUUAUUUCACUAUGCUUUUGGACCAAAAUCUUGUUGACACAUAAGAGACCGAGAUCGGAAUAUUACGUUAAAUCAGCCAUUAGAUCUGGGGUUUUUAAGAGGUGUAGGUUGUUUUCCCUCCACGAAAGUUCAGUAUCGAUCCAUUCCAGGAGUGACCGAGACAGAGCUGCAUCAGCUCAUCUAACUGUUCCCAUCGAGACUAAACGGACCCCGUGCCCAUGUCAGGACCCCUACCGACCAGAGUGCCAGGACCUCAACCCACCCACGAUGCAUUUGGAGGAAACUGGAAGAAACACUGUAUUCUUCAUGGAACGAAUAUAGAAGGUUACUGGACAUCAUUUUAUGAUGCUGCAUGCACAUACUAGUUUUGUUUUCAAAGUCUUUGCUAUGAUUUUGUUAUUCGAAGGACUUUUCUUGUGACAAACUGCACUGAUCCAGAACCAGGCCCGGUUUGAGUAACUGUGUAGCUCUGCUGGAUCUAAUUAUUUCUAAAGACCUUUUACACACAUCAGCUAUGGCACCGAGAGAUUUGUCAUACUAAUGGGUUGAAGAAGUAGAUUGAUAACACAGGCUGGCUAUCUGUCUGUUUAAUUAACUUUUGAAGAGGAGAACUGCAUGCAUAUCAGGAGUUUGAUGACUCCGUCUUCGAGGACAUGCUUCACUAUGAUAUCAAAAGACAAUCGUUUUUUUGUUUUUAUUCUUACGUUAUUCACGUGGUGUUUUGUAUUUGUACAACUGAAAAUGUAACAUGACAGAGCUUAGUUUACAGUACAUCUCAGCUGUAUGUCAAACACUCGUUUGAAAGUGUCUACAGGAAGAACUUGUCAGAUCAUUGAUGACAAAUUAAUUCAAAUGUUGGUAGAAUGUUGAUUUAAAUUCACUAUUAUGAAUUGUGAUGAGGCACUGUCUACCACACCCAAUAUAUUGUAUAAAAGAAUGUAACAUGUGUAAAAAUAUAUAGAAUGUUAUGGCGUGGCAUAGCCAUUUUCUUCUCAGGCUGGCAGUGUUGUCUGUAAACUGGUGCAGUAAUGCCACAAUAUAGCCACCAAAGGGUGCUGUUCAAAUGGGAAACGAUGGUCCUAGGUGGUAAGAUUGACUUGACUGUAUAAUACAGUAUUUAUCUGGGUGUCAUCAUGGACCCAGAGGCUGCAUUUACGCAGGCAGCCCAAUUCUGAUCUUUUCCCACCAAUUGGUCUUUUGACCAAUCACAUCAGAUCUUUUUCAGAGCUGAUCUGAUUGACCAAAAUUAUAAUAAAAUAGGUCUGUGUAAAUGCAGCCAGAGUGAAGUCUUACUGCUUUACUUUCCCAUGUGUUAAAAUGUGACCAGGGUGAAAUAGAUGAUUCCAUGGGGGGAGGUUCCCACCGCCAACAGUAUGAGAUUGUGUUGUUGAAUUAGACAGAAUAACCUGACAUGGUUCUGUGAUGACUACCCUUGCCUGAAGACGUUUGCGUCUUGAACUGCUACCUAGGCUUUAGCUCAGCGGGCUAACAGUCUUGUGGGUUCAAACCAGAAACAUUGGCUGUCAUUGUAAUUCUAUGGGGACCAUGACACGGUGAGGCAUGAUGUGUUCAGUCAUGCAGAAUGCCACAAUCACUUUUUGGGUGUGUCUUGCUCCCACUGUGAAUACGUGAGGGACAAUAAAUCAACAGUAGACCUAAAAGCUAAAGCAGCGUCAAUGGGCUUCUAAUGUGAUCGAACACAGGGGUUAUAACUUAUCACACCCUUCUGCACUUUGGGUUCGGGCCUAGUGUUGAAGUCGAAUAUCUUUCUUUUUUUUGCUUACCAGUUAACUUGGUCUUGUUGAGUAUUUGUCACUGUCAAAAACGUAGACUGCUAUUUCUGUACAUGUUUUUACUGGACUCACUUCCCAUAGAAAUGCUGAAACACACAACUUAUUUCUAGACAUUGUUCUUGAUUAACUCUGCAUAUUGUCAAUAACACAUUAAGAUUUUGCUCUGUCAAAUAUACUAAAUGGUUUAUCUUUUGAGGAAUAGAGGACAAAAAUAAACACAUUUUGAAAAGAC